AUAAAGGAGAGAGAGAGAGAGAGAGAGAACACUAUUCCACGUAUGCUCUCGGUUCCAAACGAAUUUGUCUGGUACCGACAUCAGAUUUAGUGUACCUGUGUCGUUCUAAGCCGGUCAUUCAGUUGUAGGAGUUGGUCCAAUCUACAUCUACAUAGACUAGCGAACUAAUUAUUGUGAUUCCACAUUAUCGUGUACUGUGUCAAUAGUCUCUUCAUAUACACGUGUAGGCUUAGCAUACUGUACAGUAUUUAUUUCUUGCCUUCCUGGAGUAUUUGACCAGCUCUGACGUCGUAAUUAGAAACACAAACAAAUCCUAAUCAUCUCUCCUACCUCUGCUGUUGAUAAAUUGUAGAAUCGAAUCAAGAACACCUUGGAUCUUCAAAAUACUUUUGGAAAUAAUAAAGUUAAAAAGUAUUUUUACGUUGAUCAACAGUAGCGUUGUCCACUGUUAGAACCCCAAGACACUUCAGCAACGGCCUUACCUAUCUGACAACAACGACCCAACGACAUCAGUGCCCAGUGUUACCUAGUCUCCAGUGUCAUAAGCGUCAAGAGUGACCAGCGUCUAAUUGUGAUCAGUGUUUAGGCUGAGACCACAGCAACCCACCACCAUAGAUCUCCAGGGUGUCUACGUUGUCCGCUCCCCGUCCCAGCCCUCAGCGCACCCUUUGUCCAGCGCCCCACAGCACGCCAUGGCAGUGACCGCCCCCGCGUCUAUGCUGACCAUCACCGGCCAGAAAGAUACCCAGUACACCAAAAUCUUCGUUGGAGGUCUGCCCUACCACACGACAGACCAAAGCCUUCGAGAAUACUUCGAUAAGUUUGGAGAUAUUGAAGAGGCUGUGGUCAUCACGGAUAGACAGACAGGGAAAAGUCGAGGCUAUGGAUUUGUAACAAUGGCGGACAAAAUGGCUGCCGAGAGGGCGUGUAAAGAGCCAAACCCAAUAAUUGAUGGCAGGAAAGCUAAUGUUAAUUUGGCUUACCUUGGUGCUAAACCUAGGCAGAAUGGAUUAGCAAGUGUAUUACCGUACGCUAUCAAAUCAAUCCCUGGAAUACUACCUGGCCAAUACGGGUGUGACGUGGACUAUUACAUAUCUUCACAGUUGCUGGCUAAUCGCUAUCCCACCCAGUACGUAUAUCCAGCUUCAUACCUCACAGCUGCAGCAGCAACAGCUCCAAGCGUGUUGACCACGAUGCCUGCAACAAGCCCGUUAUCGCCAACGCCUGCAGGUACUCCUGCACAGUAUGCCUUGGACUACGCCUCUGCUUACACUGCGGCCACAGCAGCACAGUUUGCUGCCUCUGGCUACGAUGCAUACAGCCCUUACACAUCCGCCGCUGCAACGACCGCGGGUUAUGGUGUAGGGAUGCCUGCCGGGUACACGUACGCCAUGCCUCAACAGUUGGCCCCCAGCACCACACACUUUGCAGGGUUCCAGACUCCACAGAUCCAGGAGAGGCUCCAGUAGUAAGUAAGAGAGUCGUUGGAAUUGUAAAGCAGAACAAUGUAACUGAUAAUUAAGUACGUCAUGUGAGCAAGCCAUGUUCUUGGGGAGACCUAUACAAUGUACUGGUAAUUGUAAAAAAAAAUGCAGAGAGACUGCUUCUAUAUAUACUUAGAUUUUAUCACAUAAAAAACUGUAUAUCAUGUUACAUUUCAUCUUUGCAAAAUAUUUCAGAUUUCAUGUAUAAUUCAUCAUGUUAUAAAUAUUAUUACUGUAUAACUAUACAAACUUUCAUACAAAAUAUAUUUUAAAAUAUUAUUAAAUUUAGCUUUGAAUGAAAUUGUUAUUGCUAUGUCAGAGAUAUUAGCUAGUUGCAUACAUCUCUAAGUCUAAUGUGACAAGUGCAAUUCAUAUACCAUGAUUCAAGUAUAUUCAGUAUUCAGCUUAGUAAUUUAUGUUUAAGAUGCAUGGCCAUUUCCAUUUCUUUUAACAACACUAAACAAAAAUUAAGAGUAAGAAUAAUUUUUAAAUCCCUUGGUUUAAGAUAUCUAGCCUUUCAUCUGUUUGUGUAAGAGGCUUUACCAUUCAUAUAAUUCUUUUAAGAUAUGCUGAUAUAUAGAUAAAUAUUAUGCAUCCAAUUAAAAAUGAUAUCACAGAAAUUAGUUUUAAUAUUCACUAUGCAUGACAUCUGUCUUAAAUUGGAAUAGUAAAUUCAAAAUUAUCUUUCUAUCAAAUUCCUAUUUGAAGUUGUAUGUAAGAAAAUCUUUGUUUGAAAAGAGAUUGUGAACUACAAACAUCUACAGUUUUAUAGAAGCUUUAAUUAUCACCCUUUGUGGUCUUCAGAAAAUAUUAAAAUAAUUUAGCCUAUAAUUAUUACAUGCAUAUUUGGUAUCAUGAAACUAUAGAUAUCUGUGUUAAACGUUGGAUCUACAUGAGCAGAACAUAUUUUACAAUGGCAAUAUUGCACUUUUGUUUCUUUGUCUUUUUGAAUAGCUAAAUUUUAAAAUAUAUAUAUAUAUAUUGUUAAUGAUUGAAGAUAAAGUCAGCAUUUUAUAAAGCAAUACAAAGCUAAAAUACUGCAAUAUUUUGAAGAACAUGGAUUCCAAAGGUGGCAGUGAAAUGUGUUGUUUUUUUUACUUAAGAUUGCUGCCACUUUGAUCUUUCUCCUGUGUCAAUCCAAGCAGAUUGUAAUUUUGUAAAGCUUGUGUAUGAAUAUGUUAGUUCUAGUAUGACUGUUGGUGAAACUGUUUGGAAUGUAUUGAUACUCCAGAUCAAGUUGGAAAGGAAAUAGAUUUAGAUAAAAUGCUAGAUUCCUUUUUGCCACAUUGUAACUUUUCCCUAAAAGUUCAAACAUGUGCACUUCAAAUCCUAUUUUAGGUUGGACAUGCUAGUAAAGCUGCCAGAUUAACUGUGUAAACUGUAUUACACAUUAUUUAUUCCAUGAUUGGAUAUGUACUACAGUGAUGAAUAACUACAUUUAUUACACUGAUUUUAAUAUAUAUUUAUACUGACAUAUUUAUAUAUAAUAUGUAUUCUGCUGUCCAGAUAAUAAGUAACUUAAUUACUAUUUAUUUAAAAUGUGAUGAUUUUAAAUUAUAAAAACAAAUAUUUAUUAUAUUUUGUGUGCAUUCAAAACAAAUACUUUGCAUUCUUAUAAACAGGGCUUUUUGAACUGAUUCUUUCAUCCAAGUUAAUAUUUAAGUAAAGACUUUUUAAAAAAUUAAUUCAAACACAUUAUUUUAUAUUAAAUUUAAUGUCAUAUUUUUAAAAAAUUAAUACAAUUCUGUCGACUAUCAUACAGUAAAAGUUUAUGAACAAUUUUAGGAUAGCCUGUAAGUUUUCAGCAUGCCUCUUAUCUCAGUACUUUGCUUGAAUCGAUCCGUCCUCAAUCCCUACUUACUUCUGUACGCUAAUAAUGUUGUGUUUUUUUUGGUAUGGCCUUGAAAUAAUUGGUGAUUUACACAUGACAGCUUUUGUUAAAAUGAAUUCAAAUAAAAUAUUUUUUUAAACAGCUCUUUUCAACUUCAGUAGAAUUGUAAAUAUUUGCUAAUAUGUUUUGAUUAAUAAUUGCAAAAUUUCCACAAUAACAUUUUAGUUUUGCAGCCUUUUUUUUCAAAUCAGUUUACUGGGUCUGAUUUUAUUAGCCUUUGUACAAUAUUUGUACUAUUAUAUAGAUCAUAACAAACUGACUAGGUUCUACUGCUGUUUUUUUUUAAAGACAAUUGUCAGGGUAUGCACAUUUUUAUCAGAGCUUAUUAUUAUUGUUAACAUAAUCUCACCAGUAUUAAUAAUUAUUUUAAUAAGUUGAUUUUUAUUGAAAGGAAAUUUGCUAACUAUAGUGGGCUUAACAAUUAUUUUAAUUUUCUUAAAUAGACAAUUUAAGAAUCCUUUUAUAAAGGCUAUGCCAGAUUUUGUAUCUUAUUGCCACAUCUCUAAAUAGUUUAUUUCGUCAACUUCAAGCUGCAUAUUCUUUCAAUUGUCUUACAUGAUAUGCUGUCAUUUUUCUUAUUAUGAAACUGUCAAUUCUAGAUGCUGAACAAGUUUUUUCCCCCAUAUUUAUUUUGUUUCUAUUUCAUUGUAAGAUGCUAAUGGGCAACUAGUUUUCUAUGCUUGAAACAAAAGUAAAAGUAUUAUUUUCUAUUCCAUCCACUAAUUUAUUAUCUUCACAAAUAGCCCUUCCAUUAUAUCUUUCAAUGAUUGUCUGUUGUUUUUUGUUUUUUUAAACUAUUAUUUAUCCUGUUCAUAACCAUGUAAUUGUUCAAAUAGAUUUUAAUACUUGAAUUUGCCUUAUAUAUAGAAUCUAAUGUCCACUGCUGAAAGGAGGCACCCCUGACUCGACUGUUGUAUAGACCUAUGGAUGUCUCUGUAUAUUACACUAUUGAAUUGGCUUAUUCAUAACACAGUUUUUAGCCAUACUACAUUACAUAUGUGCCACUCUGUUUGGAUCAUGUUAAUUUUAUUUUUUCUUCUUGUUUCUUUUAUUGUUUUUAUAAUUCAAUGUUGUUCAGUUAGCUGUCAUUUUUUUAUGCUAAAUUUUUCUUUUAAAAUAUUUCAUAAUAAAUGAGGAAUCAAAAUGUUGGAUUCAUAUGUUAUCUUUCAAGUAAAUGAAACAAUUAAAUUAUUUUUUUUUAACACUGAACUUCACAAUAUUAGAACAAGUGCAUUGGUUUUAACUGAAAGAACAGACGACAUUCAUUUAUUCUAUUAAUCUUAAGGCUUUCUUAAGUCCGCAGUUUAAAUAAAAUGACUUACUGAAAAUUCCAUUGUACCAAGUGCACUAUACACUAACCAUACUACAAGUGUGUCUGUAUGUUUAAAUGUUAGACUUUUGAAACCACUUAAAAUGUAUUUGUUUAUUACCUGUUACAUUAAACAGUGUUCAUUGAAUGAGAAUUAAAUACAAUACCUAAUAAUUUUUUUUCAUCAUUAUUUUUAAUUUGUUUAAAAAAAAAUUUCAAUGACUAACAUAAGUGUGCAGAAAGGUGCAAUUAUAUUCAUUACAAAUCUUAAUGAAUUAUUGAAUUGUCCGUCCAUGCUCUUAUAGAAGCAAAGGAUGACUAUGACUUUAUCUGCUUUGUAUGCAUUAUUUUUUUUUUGUAUACUUUUCUUAUAAAUGUUUCUUCUCUAUGUUUAAUUCUUUUUAUGCACCUAUCUCUUUACCCAUUGUAUAACAAUAACAUUUCAACUUUUUUAGUUUAUUUUAUUAAGAUUUUGCUUAUAGUAGCUAAAACUGACCUUUAAUUUUAUUUUUGCCUACAACACUUACAAAAAUUAAAUGUAAAACAAUUUUUUCAAUCAUUUUAAACAAAUUUCAAUUACUGAUUUGCUAUUAAAUUUUUGAGCUGCAAAUAUUUUAAACUGUAAAUCCUGCAUUUUUUUUUUAAAUAUAUUUUUUUGUCAUUUAUAUUUGGGAUUGAAAAAGAAAUUUCUUCUUGUCCUUGAAUUCAUUGUAUUCAUUGCAUUUGUAUUCAUUGCAUUGUUGCAUUGAUUUUGACUUUUAAUAGGGCCGUAUGGCCCCUCACAUGAUCACAAUGCAAAGCUCAGUUCUAUAGGAGCAAUAUGUAUUGACUUUGUUCACUAGGUUUCAACCUGAUGGCAUUAGUCGCUAAGUACCUUCUUGUUUGACUUUGUUAACAAGGCAAUGUGCUCCUGUAAUGGGUCAAAAACAAUGAACAUAUUAUAUUCAAGUGUACUGACUCAGAAAAAAAGUUUUUUAAAUAUUUUUUUUUAAGUUUAAAAAAAAAUAAAUUUAAAAGCAGUUCGAUUAUUUUUAUUUCUUUGAAUAUAGUUAUCUUAUUAUAUUAUGAUAUAUAUGCAUAUAUAUGUAGAUAUAAAUAUAUUAUUUUUAUUAUUAAUGCUUCUAUUAUGUGAAUUGUGCAAGUGAGCAAGCUAAUUUUCUAGACUAUGUGUCUACCAUUUUACUUUCCUAGUUGUUAUGUUAUAUACAACUUAAGUUGUUUGGAAGCAUUGUAACUGUGGGGAAAACGUUUGGGUAUGGUUGAGUCAUGUGACAAUGUUUUCAAUUUGUUUGAGUUAGCUAAUGAAAAGAUAGUUCUUUGUUUUGAAAGAUUGAUCCCUUUUUUUUUGGUCUAAGAGAAAAAAACAGCAACACUUUCUGAAUGUGAUCAAAUGGAUGUCCUUACUAUUAUGUAGAGAUGUAGGUGUCUGCUGGUUCAUCAAAUGAAAUUUUUUUUUUGUUUAUUUCAAUGCAUAAUCAUAUUUAUAAUUUCCCCCCAAGGCACUUUCAUUUGCACUGUAUCAUAUAAUAUUAUUAGGCUCAUUACAUCCUCUAAAAUUUAUAUAUAUAUAUAAAUAUAACAUUUAUGUACCCAUAUUUAUGUCCGUUGAUAAAUUCAUAUUAGUGUGUUGCAUUUUUCUUGCCCCAGUUUUUUUUUGUUCAGAAUUUUGUCCCAGCAUCUUUUGAUCCAACUUUAUGUCCCACAACUUAAUCCAAACUGGCUGUCCCAGUAUCAAUGCACUGCAACUUUACCCCAAGUGACUGUCUCAAUUUCAUGCACCACAACUUUGUACCAACUGACUGUCCCAAUUAUCAUGCACCACAACUUUAUCCCAACUGACUGUCCUAAUAUCAUGCACCACAACUUUAUCCCAAACUGACUGUCCCAAAGUCAUGCACCGCAUUUUUAUCCCAAAAUGACUGUCCCAAUUAUCAUGCACCACAAGUUUAUCCAUAGUGACUUUGCCAAUAUGAUAUCAUACCAUGUCCCACAGCCAGUUUCCCAAUAUGAUAUCAUAUCAUGUCCCACAGCCAGUUUCUAAUAUCAUGUCGCAGCAGCAUUUCCUUGCACCAUGUCCUAACGCCCCCUCCCCCUGACCCACAUUCAUGCCCUUAUAUCAAGUCCAAACAGCCCUGCCCAUCACCUCUCUCGCCUAGCAAUAUAUCAGAGCCUUCUAUCCUAAUUCCAUAUUCUGGCAUCAUCAACUUACUCAAAUAUCCAAGAUGUCAUCUUCAACAAUUAGACCCCACAAAUCCGUCCCACAAGAAUGCACCAUUACUUAUAUCCAACGUCGUACAGCACAUCGUUGUUAAAAUCUUUUUUUUUUGACAAUGUAUAAAUGCCUUGUUCCAUAAUAAAUUAUUAUUAUAAGAUGUCUGUGUUUCUAACAUCCGUCAACAUAUCAUUAUCCCUGGUAUCCAGUUCUUUAAAAUCGUUUAAUUUAUAAUAUAUAUAAGUUAGUCCCUACUAAAUUUAAAAUUACAUGUUUCCUUUUUAUUUAUUUAUUUAUGUGUAUUUUGAUAUGACUUUACUAAACAUAAGAAUGCAGAAGGUAGAUGAAGAAAUUUAUUGAAGGUAUUGGUAUAGAGAUAUAGCUGAUUGCACUUCGUACGUUGCGCUGCUGUCUUCACGCUACUUUGUACUUACGCCACGGUCUGACCAGGGAAGCGUGGCUGUUUCCUUUUGCCUUUCUAGACGGUUUUCAGACGAGGGCAACUUUGUUCUUGCAUUUGCACAACAUGACAUAAUACAGCUAAUAGUGUAGGUCUAGUAGUUUAAUGGAUACGUACACAUGAAUGUUCCGUCAUACACAUUUAGAAUACAAAGAUAUACUGCGGAAUAUAAUUUAUAUAUAUAUUUAAUAUAUAGAAAGAAGUAGAAGUAAUGUUGGUUUGGAAAUGUUUAAUAGUAAGAUAGUGAAUGCUCGUCUGGAAUUGAAAUAGUAUUAUAGUUAGUGUUUCUUGAUUAUUUCGAGAAGAAUGCAGUUAAAAAGGCAAGCGAUACCAGUAUAGUAUUAAUUAGUAGGCUAUACCACUAGACUAGUCACUAGGGCCUAGGCUGUGACUAGGCUAGACUCUAAAACUUAGAUCUAUGCGUUUUUAAGACGUGCGUGCACAUUUUAUCCAGAAAGGCUUAAAGCAGCAACAGCUUGAACAUUGAGUGAAGUAAUAUUUAGAGAUAGUUGAGUGAUCUCUAGGAUCGUCUUCAGAUCUAGAUCUACAUGCAGACGACCCGUAUCAUAUCACCUACCUUGCGCCAUUAUUUUGUAACACCGUGCCACUCGGUCAAUUUUUUGUUUCCUGUUAUUGUCGUCCAACCACGUACUUCAACUAAUUCGUCUUUUAGCUCAUUCCCUGAAAAGAAAAAAAAAUUAUAUAUAUUUAUGUUCAUAUACCUAAAGCAUCAAGUGACUGUAUUUUUCUUUUAUGUUUUUGUUUUAUGUACUUUUCUACUGAGCUACCAUGUCUCGGCUAUAUUUAACUUCUAGAAAAAAAUGGGUUAAUUCCCUUGCCUAAUUCUUGUAAAAUGACUUAUCCAUCACUUUGGAAAACUAAUCAUUACGAUAAUCCCUUUUUAUUUCUAUAUUAAUUUAAAGUUGCAGACUGUUUAGCUCAAAAUAGUUUUUUUUUUUUCCAUAUUUUGAUUUCAUGUCAAGAUCUUAGAGGGAAAAAAUGUUAUUUUCUUUUUGUUGUUCUUGUAAUAUUUAUUCUCUGAUCAUGCCUCUCAUUAUGAAAUCACCCUACAAAUAAAGAUUAUUUCUCACA